GUAAACAUAGUAGGGUACCAUUUUAAGUGUACGAAGGGCUUGAGGCUAAAAUCUUUAAAUAUCCAAGCCUCCGUCAUGAUCAUCUACGUCGAAGCCUUUGGUGCGCGGCACGCCAUCAAGGUCCACGCCUGGACCAAGGUCAAAGACCUGAGGCGGAAGAUCGCUUCGAAGGGGAUUUCUGAGCAAGUUCCUCUUCUUGCGCACAGAGGCAGGUGUCUGGACGACGAGAAGACGAUCUUCCAUUAUGGAUUAAAAGACGGAGAUACAGUGCGGUUUCACAAGCCUCGUUCGGGACCCCGUGCCGCCCGUGGAUCCCUUCUCACACUGGCUAGAAAUUCGGGAAGUGUUACCAAGAUGGUCGUCCACGAGGAGGGCUCCGUGCGCCAGGUCAAAGAGGAGGCGGCGAGGGACGCGGGCGUGAGCGCGAGCAAGGUGAAACUCUCUGCAGGAGGCGCCGAUAUGCAGGACGACCUGAGGCUGAAGGACUAUGGCCUUACCGACGACGCUGUGGUGUGGAUGGAGGUCGAGGGAGAGGAGGAGGGGCGUGCAGGAGGGAGCCAGAGGCGCGAGGCCGGCUGCUGCAGCAUCUGCUCAGUUAUGUAAUGUGCUGGGCGGUUUCUAAUACUGAAAAUAUUGGUUGUGUGUCUGGUAAGCAUACUUUUUUUGUUUUUAUUAGUACAUACUUCGUGUCAUUUACGCAUAGAUUAUGUUUUAAACAUUCAUUUUAUGUUUCACUGGAAUUGCAUUCACCUCGCACUCCUACGCUGUCGCCAGUACUCUGUUGUGUUGGCAUUGGUGUGCCAAAAAAGCAGGGUAAUAUAUGUCAUUCACUCUAGUUCAUAAGAGGAAAACUCUCAAAAGGAACUAUAUGUCCAUAUCUUAUAAUCACCUGAGCUUGAUUUUUUUAAAUGUCAAGGAAUGAAGAGAGAGAAGUAAAAAACAGCACUAAUUUCACUGCAUUUGUAAAUUUUCUUUGCAUGCAUAUAUUAAUAAAUCCCAUGAGAUAUUUUUGGUGAAUGAUGUAUGCAGAAAAAAAUACAUCAAACUUUGACCAACCAAAUAGCCGUCAAAAAGUCAUUAUUAUACCUAUCGGAUACAAUGUUCACCUUUUCGAUGCAUCAUGAGGGAGGUGGGUCGAGGAGUCGAGGAAUCCAGGGUAUUUAUAUUUAUGUCAUGCAGUAGUCCUACAUCUAUAUUCUACAUUCAAGUACGACUGUUAUGAAAAGGAAUUUGCAUCCUGUAUGUUUGUUUUCUUUCAAUAAAUUACAAGUUAUUCUUAUUAUUUAAGUAUAAUUUCCGCCAACCCCGUGAAUCGCAGCCGGAGCGGAAUUGGUUGAACGGCGUU